AGUGCUAUUUUCCUUCUCUUUCAUGUCUACGAUCGAGCACUAGUCCUCUCUCCUCAAGCACCAAGUACAUCGUUGUUCCUUGACCAGUUUUCUGCCAAUUUCUCCCCUGUCUGUCGCUUCCUGUUUACUUCUCCAAUACUCCGUACAUAAGACGCCCAUUAUCGCGGAACCUCGAUCUUCGUAUUGCCGUUUGCGCGCAGCCAGCUUCCUGACAAUCCUACACGUUGUGCUGGCCAUUUGUCACCUAAGCUUCAAGUCUCCAGCGGUGACACAUCAAGAGAGCUCGUAUAGCGCAGGCUACCUAUCCUGCAACACGCGAUUCGUAUUUCCAAAGCCAUGGCCGCUGUGCUACCCGUCAUCCCAGAGAGGACUUCACUACCGCCAUCGGAUCACCAUCGACGAAAGCGCAACAAACCAUCCACCAUAGAAACCCACAGAACCUACAUCAAAUCUCCCCAGCCCGAAUGCUAUCCCGUCACCAGCAUUUCAAUAUCCUCCGAAUCGUCCUCGGGACGAUCUUCGCCCAUCUUCUCGUCGAUUUUUGUCCAUACCAGCCCUCCCCCAAUAACCCUGCCGCCGACACCAGAGGAGCCAGAGGAUGACGACAUAUUAUUCCCGUCGUAUGAUACCGCAUCCUACCAUGAAGAGGAAGAGAAGUCUUCGUUCAUCCCGCCUGUCCACAUGCCCAGCUCCCCCUCAAUAGAUCAAUGGAGAAGUGAUUAUGUGAUGCCUCGGAUCGUGGGUGAUGAUGCUUCUAUUGAGGAUGAGCCAACAAGGCAUGUUGACUACCUCUCGCACGAUUGGAAAGAAGAAGAUAUCUGGAGUUCUUGGAGAUAUAUAGCUUCCAGGAGGGAUGCAUAUAACAACGGAGUGAGACUAGAGAAUGCCGUAUGGCGGACAUGGACGAAAGCGAAGCAUCGACUUGGCACGGUCACUCCUGAGUCACUCAAUUGGCUAAAAGAUUGCGAUGUUACUUGGCUCUAUGGUCCUUUACAGACGGCAUCCAAACUCCCCCACUCCACCUCAUCCCCGCCUCCCACCCGCCUUUCCCCACCUAGCCCCUUUCUCAACAAAAAACCGAUCCUCAAAAAGAGAACAGCCUCUCAAACCAUUCUCCAACGCUUCAUAUCUACACGCACGCUCCUCAGCCAUGCUGGUGCAAUCUUACAAGCCCGCGAAGCGGACAACAUGAGAAACAGGCCCGGACUAGGGAGGUCAGCGUCCGACUAUUAUGUUCCUAACGCCUACUUUGAAAAUUCAAGUAGUAGUCGUGCAACGACUGUUUCUCCCGGCACUGAAUCGCCCAGCGAGCGGCGUCAUAUUAGCUUCAACGAUGAAGUCUCACAGUGUAUCGCAGUUGAAGGGAAAGACGAUUACUACGAUGAUAUGGACGACACGACCUGCGCCGUAGACGACGACGAUGAUAUGUCUGAAGACAGCGUUCUUGAAAUGCGACAGGUAACCCCGCGGCCACCGUUAAGCAGCCAGAGCACCCCACGAAGCAGUUUUAGCAGCGAUAGCAAAACCAUCGCGCCGUUACCGCCAACCACUUUGAAAUAUCGCAGGGAUACCCCCGAACCUGACGAGGUUGACAUCGUCGACUCUGCAGCGGCGAAAUCAUCGCUGUAUUCGUGGUGGCCACUACCUGUUCCCCGUCUAUCACGUUCAUCUUCGACGGAAACGCUUCGUCCUUCGAAGAAGCAGCAUCAGCAACAGCCAGAACAACAGCCCAAAGCUCGUGAUAAUUUCCUCUUGGAUGAUGAAGGUGACGGCGAUGACACCAACUCCACCACCUCAGACAUGGAUAUGAAGUGGCGAGUAUCCAGCCGGAAAGUGCUUGACGAGGAGACAUUGUCGACGUACAGCGGGCCAUGGUUCACGGAUCCCCACAAGCGACAGUGGAAUAACAACGAUGAUGCCCAUGGCCAAUAUCACAAUUAUAAUUACAAUUCUACUCACAAUUCUUACACCAACUCCCAUACUACCCCAACUAAUAACCAUAGUACUUAUCCUAAUGAUAAAAAAAAUAAUGAUAAUCGGAGCCCCUCAUAUCUCUCCUCGCGAGACCAAUUCCUAUCCUUCGACUACGACGACUUGUAUACUACGGGAGAUAAGAGCGGAUAUGAUGACGACGACGAUGAUGAUGAGGCGGAUGGCAGGGCUAUGAACUUCGGCUUCAUCGGCAAGGUUGUUGACACGGUGAAUACGGCGAGGGAUAUUGCUCAUGUUAUUUGGAAUGUUGGAUGGCGGAGUUAAAGAAGAGAAAACAAAAGUGAAAAAAUGAAAAUAAUAGAAAAAAAAAAUGACGAGGGAGAGGGGGGGAAGGAGUAGGUGAUGCAUAUUUUCUAGAUCUAGAGCGCAGAGGGUGGUUUUCUUCAUUCUUGCUCCAGGGAUACUUGCUGUAUUUCAUUUACUAUUUUCCCUUUGCCUUUUUUUUUUUUCCUUUUUGUUGCUUUUCCCCCCUCCAAAACGAAAAGAGAAACAAAAGGUCCCUGGAACAAAUAGGCCUUACUGAGGGCUUGUAGAUAGUGAUUUCAGACUAACUACAUAUAAAUACAUAACAAAUACAGUGUCCAGCCAUUGUUUUCC